UAUAAAAAUACACUCCUCCGUAUCUAAUAAUUCAUUCGCAACUUUCGAUGAGUUUCGUUCCUUCCUUGGUGGUGUGGCAUUUUCCAGAAUUCUGAAUUUCUGAUCCAUUAUAUCAACUUCUAAGAGGAGAAUAGUUUGAUGGAUAAUAUACCAGAUCAUAUAGUAUGGGAUAUAUUGAGUAGAAUAAAGAAAAUUAGUGACAGAAACAAUGUUUCAUUGGUUUGUAAAAGGCUUUACUAUUUAGAUAAUGCACAGAGACAUUAUCUUAAGGUUGGAUGUGGAAUGGAUCCUGCGAAUGAAGCUUUAACGAGUUUAUGUAUUAGGUUUCUCAACCUGUCUAAAGUAGAGAUCGCAGAUUCUGGCUGGAUGUCGAAAUUAGGGAAACAAUUGGAUGAUAAGGGUCUUUUAAUUCUUUCAAAUCAUUGCCCUUUAUUAUGUGAUCUCUCGUUAAGUUACUGCACUUUUAUUACCGAUGUUGGUCUCCGUUACUUGGCUUCUUCUUCCAAGUUGUCAUCUUUGAGUUUGAAUUUCAAUCCGAGAAUAACGGGUUGUGGAAUACUGUCUCUUGUUGUUGGUUGCAAGAAUCUCUCUAGGCUUCACCUUAUAAGGUGUCUCAAUGUGAGUAGUGUCGAGUGGCUUGAAUAUCUUGGCAAACUUGGAACACUUGAGGAUCUUUCCAUUAGGAAUUGUAGAGCUAUUGGUGAAGGUGACUUGAUUAAGCUUGGCCCUGGUUGGCAGAAACUUAAAAGGUUGCAGUUUGAAGUUGAUGCGAAUUACCGAUAUAUGAAAGUUUAUGAUCGACUAUCUGUAGAUAGCUGGCAAAAGCAACAAGUCCCUUGUGAAAAUAUGGUAGAACUAACUUUGGUGAAUUGCAUCAUAAGCCCUGGAAGAGGACUUGCUUGUGUGUUAGGCAAGUGCAAGAACUUGGAAAAAGUUCACCUGGACAUGUGUGUUGGUGUAAGGGACUUUGACAUAAUUUCCUUGUCUCAAAGAUCAAGUGACCUUCGAUCGGUUUCAUUUAGAGUUCCAUCUGAUUUUUCUCUUCCCUCCUUGGUGAAUAAUCCUUUGAGAUUAACCGAUGAGAGUCUGAACGCCUUGGCUCAAAACUGCUCAAAGCUUGAAUCAGUGAGCAUAUCUUUUUCUGAUGGGGAGUUUCCGUCGUCCUCCUCAUUCACAUUGAGUGGAAUACUUUGCUUAAUACAAAUGUGCCCGGUUCGGCAGCUUGCCCUUGAUCACGUUUAUUCCUUCAAUGAUGUUGGAAUGGAAGCUCUUUGCACUGCAGAAUAUCUUGAAUCUCUUGAACUUGUGAGGUGCCAAGAGAUUAGUGAUGAGGGUCUACAGCUUGUGAGUCAUUUUCCUCGAUUGUGUAUUUUACGGUUAUGCAAGUGUUUGGGAAUCUCAGAUGAUGGAUUAAAGCCGCUUGUUGGAUCGUUCAAGUUGGAUAUCUUGGCCGUUGAAGAUUGUCCUCAAGUUUCUGAAAGAGGAGUCCAAGGAGCUGCAAAGUUUGUGUCUUUCAGGCAAGAUUUAUCUUGGAUGUAUUGAAUCUGUUGGGUUUUAUAGACAUGGUGAAAAGUCUUCGACUAUCCACAAUGUUGCUCUAUAUCUAUAUCUAUAUAUGUUGUACUAUAUCACACACACAUAAGAUUGUUCUCUUGUAUUUAAUUUGUACAUCUUGUUUUACAUCAAAUAAAUGUAUUUCUUGUCACAAAAAAGAAGAAUAGAUUUCUAGCAAUAUGUGAUGUAUAUUAUCCAAUCAAUGUUUCAUUACAAAAUACAAAUGAAAUUGGAGCUUUUUUCAAGCUUUAUCUUUCUGUGCCAUGCUUUGGCAUUUUCCUUGUAAUGUCCACCUACCUUUCAUUACCAUGAAAACCUGAUAUUGGAUUGAA